UUUAUAACAAACAAAAAGAAGUAAGAUAGAAUAUACUAUACGCUGGAUGUAAUAGAUAACAUAAAUUUUCUCGAAAUGAACGUUGUAACAUUAUUUAAAUUAACCUAACCUAACAAUUGCAGUUUGCUUUGAUACGUUGCUCUGGAUACCGGCUCAAUUGUGAGUAUACUAUCGUUGAAGUGUUUACGCUAUUGUUUGCGUAUGCUCUCACAACUUUCGAUUUCCAAGAUAUACGAUGACUACGUCAUGUAUCGAUCAAACUAAUCCCUUUCAACGUAUAAUAAAAGUGAUACUUGCGAUUGCGUGCUUGGCGAGAAUAACGAGACAGCCUUACACUAUUAUUUAACAGUACCGUAAAUAAGUGCCUGAAAAUUUUCCUCAAUAAGAGAUAAUUACUUACUUGUACAGUCAGCAAAUUGCAGACCGAGCAAAUGUUUCAUUUCCUUUUAGGCAUCUACAUCUAAGAAACAAAAUGGUGGUUUUGUCCGAAAGAAGAACACGAUGAAAUUUGAACUAACAGAAGAACAAAAAGCUGACAUAAAAGAAGCAUUUGAUUUAUUCGAUCCGGAUGGCACUGGGAGAAUUGCCACCAAAGAACUUAAAGUUGCCAUUAGAGCAUUGGGCAUUGAACCAACUAAGGAGGAAUUAAAGAAGCUUGUAGCAGAUGUUGAUCCAGAUGGUCUUGGCAAAUUAUCUUUUGAAGAAUUCUUGGAUAUAAUGACAGUGAAAAUGUCGGAAAAAGACUCAAAGGAGGAAGUAUUGAGAGCCUUUCGUCUCUUUGAUGAUGAUGAUACAGGAAAAAUAUCGUUUAAAAAUUUGAGAAGAGUAGCAAAUGAGUUGGGAGAAACUUUAACUGAUGAAGAAAUACAAGAAAUGAUUGACGAAGCAGAUAAAGAUGGUGAUGGAGAAAUAUCCCAAGAAGAAUUUCUCAGAAUCAUGAGGAAAGCAUGUCUAUAUUAAAUUAAUAUGCUAUCAUGCCUUAUAACACUUAAAUAUACAUUCUGUUUCUGUAUACUUAGAAAAAAGACUGACUUGCUAUAAAGAAUUGAUUUGCUAUGAUUUGUCAAGAAUACUUUUUUAAAAAAACAUUUGUGUAAAUGUUUAGUAAUAUGAUUACAAAACAAGAUAGUUUCAUGUUUGAAAUCUGAAGUUAUAUAAACUAACAUAUAUGUGUACAUGU